CAUUCUCGCAGCAGUUGCCGUCCGAGCUUAUCCAUUCAUUACGCGGAGGAUCUCCUCCGAGGCAGAGGGUCGUUCGCCAGUCUUGAGCAGAUUUUUCUUCCAGAAAGGUGAAGUGGAAAAGCAGCAGCGGGACAAACAUAUUGUCUCUGUGGGUUCACAUCCAGGAAAAUUUCCUCCAUUUUUAAGUUUUUCAGUUCUCUUAGCGGUGAAUUUUUAGGAUUUUUGUGAUAGAGGAAAACGAAAAACCCAAACCCAGCAGAGGCGGUGAAAGUGAAGAAGUGCUUUGGACGGGUGGGGGCCGUCCCCCUGGGAACAGAGUAGUGACAGAGUGGCUGGUUGGCCAGGCUGGAAAAAGUGCAAAUUUCCAGCGAAGACGAUGGGAUUAAUGGAUUCCUGCUAAGUUCGCUAGCUUUUGUCUAGGAACGAACAAACCUCACGCACUUGGAAAGGAGAAAAACUACGUCAAUCAGUGUCGCCCCGGAUCCGCAGGGUAUCUGCUUUCGGAAAUAGCAACAGUAUCAGAAGCGGCUCGGAUUAUUAACUCUAGUAGUACUGUAGGUGCUUGUCCCCUCCAUCACAGACGGCAAGCUCUUUUGGAUCGUACAACGCCCUCACAUACCCAGCUCAGCUCUCUCGGUAGCUCCGAUUCGGUACCAGCUAACGACCCCACCCACAUUCCUACCUGACCCUCCCUUCCCUCAUCACCCACCCCCUGCUCCUGAAACCCCCCUCCCCAACUCCCUCGAGAACCACCCACACGUGCCAUCGAGAGGGGAGCAGCAGCGAAACUUUAAAGUGAUGUAAUAAAAGCACAAUGUCAAAUAUUGACCAAUCGACGAUAGCAGCAGCAUGGACAAAUACUUGCCAUUCGAAACAACUAGAACUACGGCUACGACGACAACUGCUAACGGUGGGAGCGCUGGUUUUGGCCAUCCUGGGAUGCAGUAGCAUCGGGGAGUUGGGCGUCUCGGCCGAGGGCAAUAUCGGUUGCCUCUUUGCCGAGACGCUCUGCCUCGAACAUCUGGAGUGGUGCUACGACGAUUUUGCAUUCGGAAAAUGUCUUCCACAAUACGGACUGGAACCGGAGGAGCUCUUCCGGGAACCCUUGGAUGAGGAACAAUCUCGAUUUCUGGCGGUGAUGUUGGAGGACCUGCAAGGUGCCGGGCUAGGUUGGGAGCACCCUUUUACCCAAUGCCGAAUGCAAGGUGCCCUGUUUGCGAUGCGAACCAACUCGGAAAUUCCGCGGAGUCUCUGCGCUAACCUUGCCCCCGAUCCGGAAGUUCUAGAUCCACAAAGUCCCCUAGCAUUCGUGCGUUUCACCCCUCCGAAUGAUGAAUACGCUGAUGAGGUGUACUUCCCUCCCUUGAAGAAAUCCCAAGUUCCCAGCUCCCGAUCCUCGUUGAACGAGAAGCGCUUCUUCGUUUCCGCAAGGAAACCCAGCAAGAAAUCCUCUCCCGAACUCGAAGUUCUCGCCGAACCUCUAGCUCCUAUGUACCCGAAAAACCAUCACCAUCCACCGAUUGUGGAAGAAAUGGAGCCCCUCUCACUCCCCAUCAUCGACCGGCAGUUGGAAGAACGCGAAAGAAAUCGACUACGCGACAACCGAAAUCGGGUCGCCUUCAGGCGCCUCGUUGAACAAUUCGAGUCCCGCUACCCUAGCUCUCAGGUCUACCCUAGUCCAGACGUCACAGAUUACCUAGACGACCAAGCUCCCAAUGAGGUCGAGCCAUUUCAAUUCCGGGUAAAACCGGAGCUUCCUUACAACGAGAAACGUGACCACGCGCUUUUCAACGAUCAGAAACCAUAUGACGUCGAUGAGGAGAAGGCCUUGAAGAAGUUGGUCGAGAAGCUGACUCCCAUCGACGUUCCGGACUACACCUUCAUCAACCAGAAGACCUCCUCGUUUCGAGAAUACGCCAACAAGCAUCACAUUCCCAAGAUCUCCAACUUUGCCCCGGAGAACGUGAACAGCGUAGUGCACGGUAAGGAUGCUGCCAAGCUGGACAAGUUCUACAAGAAGCCUCAUCACCAUCUAAACGAUCUGAACGAGAUCCCCAGUACCUUCCGCGAGGACGCUCAGUAUGCCCCUUCAGAAGCCGGACUCUACACCGAAGGUGGUUUCGUGUACGUCCCCAAGCCAGGAACCUCCAAGGGUAAAACCGAGGCUCGGGCCUUACUGGACAACAUCCUGGGGUUCACCCGGCACGAGCGAUUGGACGUGAAGAAGCCCGGGCCUCCGGCCGCUCCUCCGCCGUCUUCGCAGACGCCCAAUGAACCACCCAAGGAGGCACUUCCCAACGAUACGGCAGACGACGUGGAUGCCAAGGCGCCGAAAUCCAAGAAGGAACUUCACCUGCACAACACGGAAGAUGAUCACGCACCGCAUUCGGUGGACACCGAGUAUGCUCAUGUUAAUCUGAAGAAUCCAAUCGACAACUGGAAAGAUGGCGCACGGAUAGUGACCGCGUUGGCCGAGGUGCUCCACAUGCAAGGAUACUUCACGCAUCCAAGAGUUGACCGCCACGAGGUGUCGUUCCGCAUCGAGGCCAAUCCGGAGAAGAAAACCGCGGCGGACAUUGCCAAGCAGAUCAACAACGACGGCCGCGUCAAGAACAACCUGCUCCGACGAUACGGCGUCCUGGUGACACAGGCCGGCGUUGGCGACAAGACCAAGGACAACACCGAUGGAGUCUCAUCGGAGCGGCACGUCGAAGAGGGACCGGAUGUAACGCACGUCAUGGCUUUCAUGUUUGCAGCUGGUGCCGCCGCAAUCAUUGUGAUCGUGAUCACUUUAUUUCUCAUCAAGAAACAUGACAAAAAGAAGGACAAACUAGGCGGGCUACAGGCGGGACUCUCCGGAGCGGACAGCUGCAGCAAAGACUACCAGGACUUGUGUCGGGCGCGGAUGGCGGGCAAGGCGGGCAGUAAUGACUCGCCCGGUGGAAGGAUAACUUCGCUUGCGAAGGAAGCCGAACGGCCGCCGUCGUCCAGGUCCAGCACAUCUUCUUGGAGUGAAGAACCUGCGCUAACGAACAUGGACAUCUCUACCGGUCACAUGGUUCUAUCGUACAUGGAGGACCACUUGCGGAACAAAGGGCGGCUACAGCGGGAGUGGGAGGCUUUGUGUCGAUACGAGGCAGAACCUAACGCACGGGACGCCGCACUGCAAAGUCAGUGCGCUCCGUUGAACCGACCAGGAGCUCCACUACCGUACGACCAUUCGCGAGUGGUUCUGAACCAUCUAGCUAAUGCGGAAGGCAUGGACUACAUCAACGCCUCGACGAUUUUCUUCCCAUUCCAGACGGAUCACGACCCUCGAGCGCCGGCUUACGUGGCCGCCCAAGGUCCGAUGCAGUCGACCCUGGCGCACUUCUGGCAGAUGGUGUGGGAGCAGGGUGCCGUCGUGCUGGUGGCCCUAUGCCGGCUGCAGGAGAACGGUGAACCGGCGUGCGCCCGAUACUGGCCCGAGGAAGGUGCCGAGGUAUACCACAUCUACGAGGUGCACCUGGUCAGCGAACACAUCUGGUGCGACGAUUACCUGGUGCGGUCGUUCUACCUGAAGAACCUUCGGACGGGUGAAACGCGAACCGUGACGCAGUUCCACUUCAUGUCGUGGCCCCAGGGCGGAGUGCCCAUGUCGGUCAAGGCGCUGCUGGACUUCCGGCGGAAGGUGAACAAGUCGUACCGGGGACGGUCGUGCCCGAUCGUGGUUCACAGCAGCAACGGAUCCGGCCGAACGGGAGCGUACAUCCUGCUGGACCUGGUCCUGGGCCGCAUGAACAAAGGGGCCCGCGAAAUCGACAUAGCGGCCACAUUGGAACACCUGCGAGACCAACGGGCCGGCCUGGUCGCAACCCGGCAGCAGUUCGAAUUCGUACUGAUGGCCGUGGCUGAAGAGGUUCACGCCAUACUGAAGGCGCUGCCGCAGAACUCGAACGCAGCGGGAGCUACGGCCGCGGCGUCGGCAACGGCGAGUGGCGAGAAACGACCUAGCGAUCCGGCGGCGGCGCCACAGGCAGGUGGAACCGUUGCGGAAGAGAAGGAGGUAAAAGAGCAGGAAGAUGCCAAGAAGAAGGACGGAAAGAAGGAAAAGGCGGAAAAGUAGAGACGCGGAGGAAGAAUUUAGUUGAUUUCGUUCGUUAUUCGAAGUUUUGUAGGGACGAAAUGUGAAUAGUCCGUAGAAUAGUUGUUUUUCAGUUGUUUGAGGUUCGGUUUUUGCCCCCCAAAAACUCGUUGCUCAAAGUGGAAAAGUAUCUUAUGGUUUUGUGGAAGAAUGAUUUGAAGGUUAAGUUUGUGUUAACAUUAUUGAGUUUCGAUUUUAUGUUUUGAGGUUAUGUUUCGGUUUUAAGCACAAUUUGAAAUGCUUUGCUGAAUUGUUCGUUAAAAUGAAACUUAAGUUGAAGGAACCUGAAUCACACGAUACUGGAAAACCAAUGCAAACGUCUUAGGGAAUUUUGAAUGACACAAGAUGAAAACCAAACCAAACUAUAAGACAUAACCGUUAUUUAAUCGAUCCUUAUAAAAGUAUUGGAACACAAAAAAGCAUAAAAACAUAAUUAUUAUCUGUCAAUUUUGCUGACUAGUUCAUAGAGAAAAAGAAGAAAAUUGACAACACAUCCUAUGAAGAACAAAUUUACGGGAGGCGGGCUUUUCCCCGCUCAGUUUCCGGGAAAAGCCCGCCGCCCGGUAUUCAAAGUUUUUUCAAGCAUCUAUUGGGAAACAUUUAAACAAAGAUUGACAACCAACAACUCACAAGAUCCAAGAAGGCCGUCGUCAGCCGUACCGAUUGAAGAUCCGCCGCCAGCCAGCGCCUGCGGACGGUUUGACCGCCGGUGAUCCGGAAGUUACCAUCCUGGAUAGAAAGAAGAACAGAGAAGAACAUCUUAUAACACAGCUGUGUGUGUAAACAAAUAUGCAUAGACAAAAAAAUACAAAGUAAGAUAUCAUCAUUUGAUUAGUUCUAUAAACUGUGAAAAAGGACAACACAACUACUACUACAAAACACAAAACUCAUACAUAUGAAAACAAACAAAAUAGCGCAAACAUUGACAUCUAACCACACAACAUACCAAGUUCACAUAUGUACCUCUAAAGAGAAACUUUUUUAUGACAAAGAUGAAUUUUUAAACGACGUUAGGCAAUGAAGAUAAUCGCGAAUUGAAAAGUAUAUAUUUUGACAGAGGCGGCGUCGAAGCGAGGGGGAGAGAAGUUAGGUAGUUUGUAAACAAUCACACGCUCAUGGACGACGAAACAUAUACAGAUCAGACGCAACCGGUACACAUCAUCAAGAAGUGACAUUCAAUACAACACAAACACACCUGCGUAGCGUAGUAGGCGGGGAUGACGUUCGGAGCGCAGCAAAAGCAGAGCGCCAUCCGGUGGCGAAUUAGAGGAGUUAAACGACAGUGCAGCUAUUAGAUUAGGGGUAAGCAGAAGGGAUGACCGACGCGAAGAGUGAAGCACUUUUGACGUUUUGCGACACGAUCCGACGGACAGAUGGCGACAGACAUGACAGAAUAUAUAUUUUUUGAUUCCUUAUUGGAUUUGACAACGCGCAAGGAAAAGAGAAGACUUCACACUUAUUUUUCAGUACUUGUCACGACAGAAAGUUUAUGAAACGUAGUAGAGACAUUAGAAAAUAUAAAAAAAAUCAUGCGAUUGUUCGAUGAAAAGGAUGAACGAUAACCUUUAAGUAGCUUUUAACGGUAAAGGAAAUGGCUCUUCACGCAUUUCUCAAAAUAUUAUACAUAAAACAAAGCAGAACUAUAUAAGAGUUGUAAGACACGUAAAUUUACAGCUAAUGGUACAUUUUCGCACGUCUCCAACAGCAAGAUGUAUUCAAAUAAUAUAUUAAUAAAUAUUGAAUAUUAAACAAAGUAUAAUGUAAACAUGCACGCAAACAUAAACAAAUAUAUAUUGGCUCACCCGUUCCUGUCAAGGUAUUCUAAACUAUCCAGCCAGUUUAGAUUCGUUGACAGGAGAAAGUAUAAAUAAAAAAAAAGAACUUUUUAGCUAUUUUCCCUUUCAAAGUGUAAUUCGAGGUUCGGGCACGAGUGGAGGCAAAUUUCUGUUGCACAGACGUUUCACCGUUUGUUUACGUUAUUUAUUUUCGGGGGCCAUACCGAAAGCUUGAUAAAUACCAAUUUUCUCCUCACAAGUGCGAGGGGAUUUGCGUCUUGCUCGCUGUCUGGAACCGAACGCUGCAGGCGGAGCAAGAAGAUUAUAAAUAACUAUGAAUAAACAAGAAUAAGAAGACAUCCAAUCGAGGCAACUAUUUAUUUACACAUUUGAACUGUCAAACGAGUUAUGCAGAGACUGACAAAUGUCUACUUUUUGUACACCUGUUUGAUUUUUGCUACUAGACUAUUGUCCCGCUGUCUUCGACAGAGCAACUAUUGUUUUGUUUUCGAAAGAAAACACAAACUAUCACUUGAUUCUUCUUGACCACUAAAACACUUUCACAGUGAAGCAGAGAUUAUACACAAUUGGAAUUUACUUACCCUAGAAAAUUAUGAAGGCAAAUCCCUUACAAAAAUAUUCUGUGUAACAAGUUUUAAAAACUAAAUGAGGCAUAAAAUUUUUAAUUCCCUAUUCCUACUAGAUGUAUUAUAUAUAUAUAUACAAUACAGAGAGUCAUAUACAUAAACAAACAAAAAACGAGUAUAUACAAAGUUAUCCUAAUAACACAAAUCACACAAUGGGGCUUAUUAUUAUACAUUAAUCAUUGUUUAAUCAAAAGUAUCUUAUUACCAAUCACAAUCAGUUGACGCUGAAUAUUUGUUGUUUAGUACUAUGCCGUCCGGCGGAGGCGUUUCCCGGGAUUCCGGCAACACGGCCGUAGCUGUCAAACGCCUACAGCUGUACCGGCAACCCUGCCAGCGCAUCCGUCAGGACGUACUACAUAUUGCUGUGAGAAGUGAAACAUUGAAGGUGUUGAACAAAAUUUAAACCAGAAAAUAUAACGAAAACCUAACCACUUAGGGCAAUGAACGGAAAGUUAUAGACACUAUAUAUUCGGUGAAGAAUAAAAAAAAAACAAGCAAAGAUAAAUAUUCAUAUAUUCUUGUGUAUAAAUGUCCACACAAAUUAAAGUAAACUAAUCUUAUCAGCAGAGGGAGCGCAGAACCGGCCAUGAAGCAGAGUGUAUAUCAGCCAGUCCCGAGAGGAUAAAUGUGCGAAAUGUGCUUGUUAAAAUUGGACUCAGUAUGAAAUUUUAUGUAUUAUUCAAAUUAUGAAUCACAAAAAGACCUUUACAAUUCGAACAAUGAAUAAAAAAAAAUACGAAGAGAAAGAGAAUCAAUUGAAACUUUUAUUUUUCCCCUAGCAUUCCAAUCCCACCACACACGUCAGUCCCCACUCUAACCCCAAAGUUCACUAUGACAUGGAGAAACGAAACAAUGGCAACGCAUCAAAGGACUAACGAUAACGACAAACAAAAAAGGAAAAACGGAACCGAAUGAGCUGCAUUCGUAACACAUUAGAUUUUAUCACACAAAUACCACUCUCUUUCAUAAAUUUUACAAUGUUUCUAACCAAAACAAAACCACCUACUGAAGUUUUAGACCGGAAAUUUCGCCAGCAUGUCACCAUUGGAAAAUCCAAACCAAAUUAGCACCGGAGAAGAGCAAAACAUUGAAGUAAAUAUCAAACUUUAUGAACUAUCCACGCCACAAAUUAUAGCUGCGCAACACUGGCAACACUGCUAAAGUGAAGCGAAAUAUGUAAACCAAAAGAAAACUGAAACACAUCUACUCUGUCCUCUGUUGUGUAUCGGCAUCAUUAUACAAAUUAUACAACAAAAGUGAACCCAUCACAUUAUAUUGAAAAGAGCAGCAAAUAAAGAAAUCCCCAAUGGAUUAUGAAUAAAAAA